AUUUUUAUGUAACACGCUGGCACGCGCAAUUAAGGUUAUCCUUAUACGCCAGUGUCGCUGCUUUAGCUUAGAGCUGUAGCGUAGCGUUUUAAAAUAAAAUGUGUUUUCUACGCGGAUAUUAAUUUAUGUAUUCUUCUUUUUUAAUUCAUAGAAAAAUAAAGCUGGGGGGAAAAAAGAUGUCGAUUCAAGAGCCGGACCAAAACUGUGUCUCGUCAGGGGACAGAGGGGGAUUCUUCAUCCCGUCCGACACCGAGCGGGACUGGGCUGGGGAAGAGACCGGAGAGCGGGUCGGGAUUCAGCAGAAACGCCUCAGAGGAGCGCUGGAUGGUUUAUUCCGAGCCGUGAGGUGCGAGUCCGAGUCCGUGCGACCCGAACACAUCAGCACUUUAGUGGAAAUCAUCGUGCGCAACUUUAGGAAGAAGGAAACCUCGGUUUCGUGGGCACACGGUGACCAGGAUGGAGGAAGAAAGGACGGAGAAGUGACCGGAGAACUGGACUGUCCCGGCUGUAGCCUGUUCAUAGCGGAACCGGUCACCGUCGCCUGUGGACAUUCAUACUGCAGAAGCUGCUUAGAGCAGGCAUUUCUCUCUAAAUGUAAAAAAUGCCAGGAGGAGCUCGGGGAGAAACAUCUGCUUCGUGCUAAUGUGGUUCUGUGUGGACUUUUAGAGAAAUGGUUCCCGGAGGAAAUCCACAAAACAAAGAGGGUAGCAGAAGUGAAAGAGCUGCUGAGGAGCAAACACUUCAGCCCAGCGCUUUCAUUAGCAACACAGCUGUUAGAUUCCGACCCCAGUAAUAUCAGACUGCGGGUGUGUCGUUCUGAAGCGUAUCGUUGUUUGCAGCACUAUCAUCACGCUCUGGAAGACCUGGACAUGUGUGUGAGUGUCGCUCCAUCUGUGGAGGUGGUGUUCUGUAAAGCUAAGCUGUUGAAGGAAAUGGGUCGAGUGGAUGAGUCUGUAAAACUCUGCCUCCAGUGUCUCUGUGUGGAUCAAGAAUUCCAGGAGGCCAGACAGGAAGUGGAAAACAUCCUGUGUGAUCUCCUGGUUCCAACAUGUGAGAGUGUGCAGGUGAGUCUGAAACAAACACACACACAAACACACACACACACACACACAUACACAUACAUGUACAGUACGUUGUAUAUUAGUGUUUUAUUAGCGUGUAAUAGCAUGUUGACAUUUUGUGCACUUUGUGUCCCUCAGACGCUGGAGGAGUGUUCAGAACCCUCGGGUCUAAUCCGAGCUCAGUCUUUACGGGCUCACAUGGUGGGUGGGGUUAGAGGAGAGGGGCUAAAGAGAGUUAGCUCCGCCCCUCAGCUGGGGGACAAGGGUGCACUGCUGAAGAGGAAACUGUCCGGAUUGGAGGUGGGGCCUGAAGUGGUGGAAACCAGUGACACCAAGCACAAGAAACAUGGAGUGAUCAGCGCAGCAUCAGCGUGUAGUGAUGAAGAUAAUCUCCACCUCAGUGUACCCAGAGAUCUGCUGGACCCCAGUGACUUUGAGUGCUCACUGUGCAUGAGACUGUUCUAUGAGCCGGUGACGACGCCGUGUGGACACUCGUUCUGUAAGAGCUGCCUGCAGAGGAGUUUAGAUCACAGCCCUCAGUGUCCCCUGUGUAAAGAGAGCCUCAGGCUGUACCUGGCCUCUCGGAGGUUCUCCGUCACACGUGUGCUUGAUGACAUCAUUAAGAGUUACCUGUGUGAGGAGCAUGCUGGGAGACAAAAGAUCCACAACGACGAAACAAAAGAGCUCUCAGAUUUAGAGAAUAAUGUUCCUAUCUUCGUCUGUACGAUGGCGUAUCCCACCGUUCCCUGCCCGCUGCACGUGUUCGAGCCUCGGUAUCGCCUCAUGAUCCGCCGCUGCAUUGAGACCGGAACUCGACAGUUCGGCAUGUGCAUCAGUGACGCACACAAAGGGUUUGCAGAUUUUGGCUGCAUGCUGCACAUCCGUAAUGUACACUUUCUCCCAGACGGACGCUCGGUGGUCGACACAUUCGGGGGGAAACGGUUUCAUGUCAUCACACGCAGCAUGAGGGAUGGCUACUACAUCGCUAACAUCGAGUACCUGCAGGACCAGAGAGUGGAGGGAAAGGAGGAACUGCAGCUGCAAGAUCUCUACGAUCAGGUGUAUAAUCACGCGAGUGUGUGGUUUCAUAGUCUGGAGAACCGAUUCAGGAAUCAAAUACUGCAGCACUUUGGACCCAUGCCUGAGAAGGAGAUGGAUAUACAGUCCAGUCCUAAUGGUCCAGCUUGUUGUUGGUGGUUAUUAGCGGUUCUCCCAGUGGAUCCUCGUUAUCAGCUCUCGGUUCUCUCCAUGACGACCCUCAGAGAACGUCUGGUGAAGAUCCAGCACAUCCUUGCGUACUUGCAGAACACUCAACACGAGAGGAACACUCACGCACAGUGAGACACGGUGUGUGUGUUUCCUCAUGCCCUGAUGCAGUAGUAACAUUGUGCUGUCCAACAUCAGCACAGAACAGUAUUCACACACACUCACACACGCACACGCUGUCAGUGUGUGUUUAGAAUGAAACAAAAAUCCCAAAUGCUGACAUUUUUGUCUAAUUUGUAAUCAAACAAAACUGAGUUCACACUUAAACCUUAAAACUCAGAGAAAUGAACAUGAGACUGAGUUAGAUGGAGAUUAGAUGGAGAUUGGACAGAAACAUGUCGGAGCCUGACCAAGAUCAUAAUCCUGUCACUGAUAUCAGUUCUAAAGAGCACACAGUCUGAUCUAGAGUUAUUGGCACCAUUGGUAGGAUUCUGAAACCAUUAGACUUUAUAAAAUGUAGCUGAAGCAUUUUGGACUUUGUCUUUCCUUGUAUAGAUCUUACACCUGAGUUCAGGAACUCUCACACACGACUUCCUGUUUUACUGGGGUGUAAAUAUGCAUGCACACACACACACACACACACGUCAACUACAGUGCCAAUACUUCUGGAGCUGACAGUGUGUGUUUAGACAUGGAGCAGUGUUAGUUUUACAGUAUUUACAGUAACAUGCUAACAACAACGGAAUAAAUCGUUUAAUAAAACCUCAGACCUGUAUUUCACACCACGGGUCACACCAACCUCCUGGACGUGUGCUGACCACAGCUUUAGUGUUAAUACGCGUUUACGUUAAUAAUGCAGACAGUACUGACGUUAACACGUGGCUUCUGGUCUAAAACGUCUUCAGAAACGUCAUGUUCCAGUGAUCAGCACUUUGGACAGCGCUUGAUGGUUUAUAUUAUGGUAUAUAUUAAACAGACUUGAAGUGGUGUUUAAUCAGCAUCAUUUCCACCGUCGCUGCACCUUAAUGUUAAUACUGAAACAUUCAACACAUCCGAUUUUAUCUGCUGAUACAUCUUCAUCGUCACCAUCAUCAUUAUCAUCAUCAUCUUCCAUUCCACAGCAGUGUGAUCUCAAACCUUAACAUGACCCACUUUAUCAGGAUCAAUAAAAAAAUUCAGCCUUAAUUUUAUACAAAGAAUAGAACAGCACAUGAACCCUGACUACUGUCCAGUUAAACACCACAUACUCUACAAACUGCCCUGUUACCUGCCCUGUUACAGGCCGAGAGUAUCCCUGAAAGAUCCAGUGAGCGGAAAUUCAGAAUAGAAUAAUAAUUAAGAAUUAAGAAUAAUAAUUAAUAAUAAUAAUAAUAAUAAAAAGCUUAUUAUUAUUAUAUCCUGAAGGAUCUAGUGAUUCACAAGAAAUACUCAUAAUAAUAAUAAUAAAAAUAGCAGAAGAACACUAGUUAAAAAGCUUCUAAUUUAUUUUAAAGUCACUGAAUUUGUAAAGUUUAUUCAUAAAUCUCCAAAACCCCCCAGCACAAAUUUUUAUUACAUUUUUAUUACAAUUUUAUUACAUUUACUUUACAUUUUUUAACCAUUAAUUUGCAACCAUUAUUCAUUUGUUUAUUUUUGCUGGAGAGAGGAUGCACUUAUAGCAAAACCAAAAAAAUUAUCAUUAUUAUAAAUUAUGCAAAUGUAGAUGGGGAGACAAAAAAAACACUCAUUUUGUGAAGAGGUCCAGAAGGGUAAAAUGUCUGGUCAGUAAUCAGUGUGUUAGCAUUAACACUGAGCUUCUCGUCCACCAGCUUCGUGUUUGUGCGCUAAUCUCUCUUCUGCUCAGAGCUCGGCAUGUUCCGGUCAUCCUGCAGAACAAAGUCUGGUCUUCACCCAGCAGCAGUGGACGCAAACACAACUGGACACAGAGACGCACCGAAAUAAACACCUCUACACCAUUAAGUGUUUAAAGCAGACUCCAGACCUUAUAGAGCAGAGGGGUGAGUGGGGCACACUGGGGUAACUGACCCCACACAACAGACAACACACACACUUUUAUCUUGCCUGAAUAAAAAAAACCCACAUGGAAAUUUAUAAUAUUCUUGGUAAUAUCAGAAGCUUUCCAUUCCAAAUUAAUUUAAUUUUUUUCCACUGGUUGGAAUUUGGGUGCGUCUCUGCUGUACAGUGUGACUCUGAACUGAUGAGAGAGGAGAGUUUUGUAGCUGAAACAUUAUCCAGUGAUGAUGAUGAUGAUGAUGAUGGUGAUGAUGAUGAGAUCAGUGUAUCCGCACGUGUCUUCUCAGAGGACAGACUUCCACGUCGAACCCUUUUCUCAUCCCGUUACGUUUCUUCUCGUUCUCACUCGUCCAUGAACUUUAACUUUCUCCAGUGUGAUACAGAAAAUCCACAACAAACAAACAAACAGCCCUAACAAAUCCCAAGCUCCACUCUGUUAGGUCCGAGGCGCUGGCCGUUGUCCUGUGGCACUGGCCGUUCCUGUCGUUCUGAGCGUUAGUGUUUUUUAGCCCAUGGCGAUGAGGGCGGAGCAGGAGAGUGGAGAGUUUGCGUAUUUUCCACACCGUGCGAAUGCACCAACACUUUUUGCCUUAUUAAAACCAUUUUGCAUUUUU